CAGGCAGCUCCAGUGGAUGGGGCCUGAUGGGAAGGGAAUCAGCUCAGACGUCCAGGUGCAAAUCUCUCACAAGGACUCUCUUCCAGGGCUGAGUCUGCACCAGAGGACCCGUGUGCAGGCAGGGCCACUCCUCAAACCCACCCUCUGGGCUGAGCCAGACUCUGUGAUGCCCAGGGGGCAGCCCGUGACCCUCUGGUGUCAGGGUUCCCCAGGGGCUAAGGAGUACCGUCUGAAUCAAGGGACAAUCAUAGCACCUCGAUACAAAGAGAAGCCACUGCAACCCGGGAACAAGGCCAAGUUCUCCAUCACAUACAUGACAGAGCAUGAUGCAGGGAUAUAUCACUGUUACUAUUGCAACCCCACUGGCUGGUCAGAACGCAGUGACCCCCUGGAGCUGGUGGUGACAGGAUCCUUCAGCAAACCCAGCCUCUCAGCGCUGCCCAGCCCUCUCGUGUCCUCAGGAAGGAAUGUGACCCUCCAGUGUCGCUCAGGGCAGGGGUUUGGAAGGUUCCUUCUGACUAAGGAAAAAGAGCACAGACUCUCCUGGGCUCUAGACUCACAGCAGCUGCCUAGUGGGCAGUUCCUGGCCCUGUUCCCUGUGGGCCCUGUGAUCCCCAGCCACAGGUGGAUGUUCAGAUGCUAUAACUGUUACAGGGACAUGCCCUACGUGUGCUCCCAUCCCAGUAAUGCCCUGGAACUGCUGGUCCCAGGUGAGUUUGGGAAGCCCUCCCUCCUGACCCAGCUGGGCCCCAUCAUGGGCUAUGGACAGAGCCUGACCCUCCAGUGUCACUCUGAUGCCAACUAUGAUAGAUUCGCUCUGCACAAAGAGGUGAGACGGGACCUCCUCCAGAGCCUUGUUCUGCAGCCCCAGGUUUGGCUCUCUCAGACCCACUUCCGCCUGGGCACUGUGAGCAGCUCCCAUGGGGGCCGGUACCGAUGCUAUGGUGGAUACAAGCUCUCCUCUGAGUGGUCAGCCCCCAGUGACCCCCUGGACAUCCUGGUGGCAGGAUGGCUAUCUGACAGACCCUCCCUCUCAGUGCAGCCAGGCCCCAGGGUGGCCUCGGGAGAGAAUGUGACCCUGCUGUGUCAGUCACAGAGCCAGAGGGACACUUUCCUUCUGUCUAAGGAGGGGUCCGCCGAUACCCCCCUGCGUCUGAGAUCAGACCACCAAGCUCAGCAGUACCAGGCAGAGUUCUCCAUGAGUCCUGUGACCUCAGCCCAUGGGGGCACCUACAGGUGCUACAGCUCACGCAGCUCCUCUGCCUUCCUGCUGUCAGUCCCCAGUGAGCCCCUGGAGCUCCUGGUCUCAGAAUCCUCUGGAGGCACCAGCCCUCCACCCACAGAGCCCACCUCCACAGCUGGUCCCAAAUGGUACUGGAUAGGGGUCUUGGUGGCCAUGGUCCCGCUGCUCUCCCUCUUCCUCUUCCUCCUCCUCCAACACUGGUGUCAGAACAAAGGCAGGACCUCAGGGGCAGUUUUGGACCCAAAGGACAGACAAGCAGAAGAGGGCAGACAGAUGGAUAGUCAGGCUGCUGCACCUGAUGCCCCCCAGGAUGUGACCUAUGCCCAGCUGAACCUCUUGGCCCUUAGAAGGCAGACAAGUGCACUCCCAUCCUCCCCAUCAGAGGAGCCCCCAGAAGAGCCCUGUGUGUAUGCUGCUCUAGCCAUCCACUAGCUCUGGAGAGACUCAGACCCAGACACUCUAUGGAGGGGCAUGCAGGGACCCCAGAGGACAGGAAAGCUGCCCCCCUGGACAUUCAGCUAGUGCCUCAUCCACCGUGGAGACCGGAGGUGCCCCUGGGACUUUGGGGGAAUCACUUCAUUCUAUAGUGAAUACCUCUACAUUUGGAAAUGUAGAGUUAAGCCAAUAUCUCUACAUUUGGUAAUCAAUUUUGGAAAAUAGACUUCUCAAUAACCAAAGUGUGAACAAAAACAAGUGAAAGUUUUAACUGAAAUGGUAAUGUAAAUGUGACACAUCAAACCCAUGAAAUAAUAAAAUUAAGAACCUUAAUAAAUCAAUGGCCUAAUCUAUCAUGUCAAGAACUUAG